GGAGAAAACUCAAAGUAGGCAUUCUAUCCAUAGCCCAGGGGGGGAGGGCUCUGGAUGGGAAUUGAAAAUUCCUCGAAACCAUUCAUUCGACUCCGAGAAAUCCAACCCAAAAUCAGAAACGACCCGCAUUAACAUGUCGUUCUCUCUCCUCUCUCCUCCCUCUCCACCACUGCCUUCGCCUACUUCUGCGCUUCUCUCCUCUCCCUCCCGCUCGUCUUCCUCUCUUAUAGUCCAUGGCGCGGCUUUUCUCGCCACCCAUUUCAGGUUCUCCGAACCCUUUUCGAUGAAAAAAGCAGAAAACCUUUCUGGGUCUCUUCGACCGCUCGCUAGCUGCGAAGGCCGGCUUUUCAGCGCACACGGAGAGGAUGAGGAAGAAGAUGAUAGUGGAGAAGAAGAUGAUAGGGGUUUUGUGGCCCCUGAGAGAUGGGACGUGUUGGGUCUUGGUCAAGCUAUGGUAGACUUUUCUGGUGUGGUGGAUGAAGGGUUUUUGAAGAGAUUGGGGCUAGAGAAGGGGACAAGGAAAGUUGUGAAUCAUGAAGAGAGGGGUAGAGUUUUGCGGGCGAUGGAUGGUUGCAGCUACAAGGCUGCUGCUGGUGGAUCCCUUUCCAAUAGCCUGGUGGCUUUGGCUAGGCUUGGCAGUCAGCCAAUCAGCGGCCCUGUUCUGAAUGUAGCUAUGGCAGGCAGCAUUGGAAGUGAUCCUUUGGGUGGGUUCUACAGGACAAAAUUGCGUCGGGCAAAUGUGAAUUUUUUCUCUGCUCCUGUCAAGGAUGGAACAACAGGGACAGUGAUAGUUCUCACAACUCCAGAUGCUCAGCGCACAAUGCUUGCAUAUCAGGGCACAUCUUCGGCUGUUAAUUAUGAUCCUUGCUUGGCAAGCAUGAUUUCCAAGACAAAUAUACUUGUCAUUGAAGGCUAUUUAUUUGAAUUUCCUGAUACAAUCAGAACAAUUGAGAAGGCGUGUGAGGAAGCCCACCGAAGUGGGGCUCUGGUUGCAGUGACAGCAUCAGAUGUGUCCUGCAUUGAGAGACACUAUAAUGAUUUCUGGGAAGUUAUAGGGAACUCAGCAGACAUUGUUUUUGCAAACAGUAAUGAAGCAAGAGCUUUCUGUCAUUUUGGAUCAAAGGAAAGCUGUGUUUCAGCUACAAGGUACCUAAGCCACUUUGUUCCUCUAGUCUCAGUUACUGAUGGGCAGAGAGGAUCUUACAUUGGUGUAAAAGGUGAAGCUGUAUAUAUCCCCCCUUCACCUUGUGUGCCUGUGGACACUUGUGGGGCUGGAGAUGCAUAUGCAUCUGGUAUUUUGUAUGGCAUAUUGCGGGGCGUGUCAGAUUUGAAAGGCAUGGGUGCAUUGGCGGCUAGGGUUGCAGCUGUUGUUGUUGGGCAGCAGGGAACCCGGCUUAGGGUUUUAGAUGCCCUUAAGUUGGCAGAGUCAUCUGCGUUCCAUCUUGACAGCUCCAUCGUUCGAUCCAAUCUGGGUUCUGAUCAUAUUUCCAGCUUGUAACACGGUGCCUGCCAUUGCAUUGAUUUCCCAAUUGUUUUAGCAGAAAAUACACAAUUUCUUCAUAGCUAUGUAGCCAUGUACAUCAUGUACGUUUUUAAACUGCCGUGAAAAGAAGAAUUGCAUUGAUUUAAAA